GUCAGGGGCACGUGGCAGGUGUUUCGCAAGGCACUCGACAAUACAGCUUCCAUGCCCUGUCGCCUCUGCUACAAAGCACAUCCAUGCUUGUCGAGUGAAAGGCAAAUGGGCGCGCGCAACAAUGGAUUGCUGGCACUGCCUGCGCUACUCUCGUCAGAAGGCUGGCUGCCUGGGAUAUGCUGCGUUUGCCUCAACACCGGCCUGCCUUAGGCAGCCCAGCUCGGAGUCGCGGCGGCGGGACCGUGGCAUGGCUGCGGCCACUGCAGACGGGGGUGCCGGCAUCCGGCUCAGUGGCCACACCCUGGACAAGGCCACCAAGGCCAAGGUGCACCUGGAGAACUACUACUCCAACCUGGUCACUCAGCACCUGGAGCGCAAGGGACGCCACGAACGGCUCGAGGAGACCAUGCGCGAGGAAGGACUCUCCGAGGAGCAGAAGAAAGAGAAGCGGAUGCAGCACUCGCUGAAGGAAACAGAGUUCCUGCGGCUCAAGCGUUCACGGCUAGGUGUCGAAGACUUUGAGCCGCUCAAGGUGAUCGGUCGGGGCGCCUUCGGUGAGGUCCGGCUGGUCCAGAAGCGUGACACAGGCCAUGUCUAUGCCAUGAAGAUACUUCGCAAGGCCGAUAUGCUCGAAAAGGAACAGGUGGCUCAUGUUCGUGCUGAGCGUGACGUGUUGGUGGAGGCUGACCACCAGUGGGUGGUGAAGAUGUACUACAGCUUCCAAGAUGCCAUCAACCUCUACCUCAUCAUGGAGUUCCUCCCGGGCGGGGACAUGAUGACGCUGCUGAUGAAGAAGGACACCCUGUCGGAAGAGUGCACGCAGUUCUACAUAGCAGAAACAGCGCUGGCCAUUGACUCCAUCCACAAGUUGGGCUUCAUCCACCGAGACAUCAAGCCGGACAACCUGCUGCUAGACGCUAGGGGGCACAUCAAGCUCUCUGACUUUGGCCUGUGCACAGGUCUGAAGAAGUCCCACCGAACAGAAUUCUACCGGGAUCUGUCACAGGCAAAGCCAUCGGAUUUCACAUCGAACCCGAUGGACUCCAAACGGAGAGCUGAGAGCUGGAAGAAGAACCGACGCCAGCUGGCAUACUCUACGGUGGGCACUCCCGACUACAUUGCACCUGAGGUGUUCCUGCAGACAGGCUACAGCAGUUCCUGUGAUUGGUGGUCCUUGGGUGUCAUCAUGUACGAGAUGCUUAUCGGCUACCCACCCUUCUGCUCCGAGACCCCCCAGGAGACGUACCGCAAGGUGAUGUCGUGGCGCGAGACACUGGUGUUUCCGGCCGAGGUGCCCAUUUCAGAAGAUGCCCGGGCCCUCAUCCAGGGCUUCUGCUCGGAGGCAGAGCGCCGCGUUGGUGCCCACGGUGGCUUGGCGCAGAUACAGGCACAGCCCUUCUUCCGCGGUGUCGACUGGGAGCACAUCCGUGAGCGGCCUGCAGCCAUCCCCAUGGAGGUCAAGAGUAUUGACGACACCUCCAACUUCGACGAGUUCCCCGACGUUGACCUCAAGAUCCCCUGUGCCCCACCUGUGACGCCGAGCAAGGAGCACACAGAGGCUGGCUACAAGGAUUGGGUCUUCAUCAACUACACCUUCAAACGCUUCGAAGGACUCACACAGCGGGGCGUCAAGCCUCCCAAGAAGUGCUGACCGGCCGAUUAAGCAAAGUGCGUGUGGACAGUUGGCGGUGUUGGUGUGCCUGCCUGGUGGCACGUUUCUUGCCACUGGUGAUACCUAAGGAAUUAUGACACAGUGUGUGCCAUCCCCAUGAGAAGGCAUUGGUGUGAGUGUGUGUGUCUGGUCUGGGAAGGUAUUGAGAGAAGACGGCUGCAGCUUUCAACAAUGGAGAUGUCAAACAGUGGCAAAUGCCCGGACACAGUGGCUGUCAUGCAUUCUGGCACGGAUGCAGAUGUGGCAGUAGUGCACGAUCUCUUGACUCAGCUAGAACAUCGUCUUCAUUUUAAGCAGGGCUGUUGAGUGCUGACUGGGCACCAGUAGUUUUUGAUGAGAGCUGUUGUGGUUCACUUCUGUUCACUUAACCACCCUGUGCUUGUGGCAGGCAGUUGCUGGGCAGCAUUACGACACUGGCCGUGUAGAUUUGCCCAUUGUGCAGUGCAAUAAAACGCUUGUAGCAAGCUUGCUCAGGAGCUAUGCUGGGCCACUUGGUGCAUAGCUACUUGAAAGGCAAGGUUACAAGAAGUUGUGCACUGGCGCUCUUUCUGCUUGUAACCUUGCACCACGUCUUUCAAGCUGCUUAGGAGGCACUGGCAGGCUAGUUGGUUGCACAUGAUCUAUAAGAUAGCAGCACAUAUUUAGGAGACAGGCACGAACGAAGUCGUACACAAUACAGCUGCUGCGUUGUUCGUUAUACUAGAUGUCCCAGGAGGCCAUUUUGAUGAAGCAGCAUGUUACUGGGCGAAGGAGUGCGCAGGACAUGCGCUGAACUCGCAACUGAAGUUUAUCUGAAAAACACUUAUAAUAGUUAUUCAUGAUGGUAAGACAUGGUAGGGAGUCCAAUAGAAGAAAGGGCAUUGGUGGUAACAACCAUCUAAUUCAACACUGGUUGUAGGCGGGCCAGUUGGUACAUACCGAGCGCGAAGAACGAGAAGAAGCACGCAUACACAAAGCAUUGCGACAGGUGUUGCUGCUGCACAAGCUUUGCUGUCGCAUAGGUUUUAUUACACACAAAAAUAGGACAAGCCUUCCAUAUCGCAAGGAGAGGUAAAGGUCAGCCCUCCCUGGCACUGUGUGACAAAGAGACAGCCUGUCUGGGCUUGAAUCAGAUAGUUGUUACUGCCAAUGUCCUUUCUCCUAUUUGGUUCUGUAUAGCCUACCUGGUAUCAUGCAUAUCUCUUACAAGCGUUCAAGUAAACAUCAAUUGCCGGUUCAGCGCAGGUCCUGUGCGCUCCUUUUCUUGUCCUUCGUCUAGCAUCAAAAUUUAGCUUCCAUCAACUCGCCCAACUUACCAUCUCGACUCCUAGUAGGCCUUGUGCAGACCAAUUUGAAUUUGCUCUUGCCCAAUAUGAGAGCGCUUGCUGGCCUCUUUGCCAGUGUGCUGGGACAUUAUAGCGUGAAAUAUGACACAUCAUCGAGUGUUGCCAGCCUUUUUAUUCCAUAACUGAGAUUGUUAGUUGUCAGUAUCAUUGCAUGCAGUAGCAUUUCUUACCAAUUCUUUUUGUGUCUUACUGUUUCUUUUUUUCUGCCAGGCAUCGGUCGAGUCCAAUUAGUGAACAGCAUCUAAUCAACCACUAUGUCCUUGCCCCAUAUUUUGUGUGUGAGUUAGUCAAAAAAGUGUGAUGUGAUGACGCACAUCGACUUAACUAACGAUAGUCAAGGACGCUCUGUGUGAUUAGCAGGGAGGGAGAAGAGUAUCAGAGAUGCUACUCGAAAAAAAAUUUCUGUAAAUAUAUGGGCAGUUACAUGCUUGCUGUUUGCAUAGUUUUGUAUGCCGACUUCAAAUCAGGUUUAUAGUGAGCUAUGUCGUUUUGAUUCUUUAUCAUGAAAAUGGGAAAAAUGUAGCUCUUUUUGGACCUGCUUUUUUCUGCCACUUAACUUCCCCACUUAUGAGCCACUAAUGGCUAAUAAAUUCAUCCACCCCAACUUUCAAAUGCCGGAAACUUACUAGAAAGUGUGUAUAAAAUGUUUUAAUGAAUGUGAAAAUUUUGAAUCCGAGAAGUCUUCAAAUGUUGAGACUUUAGUAAUUGCUUACUUGAAAUUUGUAAUGAUUAUAUAAGUGAUAUCUUAAAGGAGGUAACACAUGCUAAGGGAUAUGUGCGAAAAUUUUUCGUCCAAACUCAAAGUUGCAUUUUAAAAGCUUGUUGGUGUGGCAGCAAAGAUUUGCUUUUUUAUUUAUUUCUUCCUUCAUGGGAAUUGUGGUGAUUUUGAGCAUGUGGCUUUAGUGGACAAUGACAGGCAGCCUCGUCAUGUUAGCUGGGGGACAGUGAGCUCUUUCUACGCAAUUUUAACCACUUUCCAUUUUAAAUACAAUCUUGAUUGUUGUGAAAGUGGAGAAACUGAACUUGACAGAACAAACAAAACAUUUGUACUUUUCUAUAAAAAAGUGGCAUUUUUGAAGCAGCAUCUCUGCUUUAAGUAAAUUAUUCACUGAAGCACUCUUUAAAGCUCCACUGUCUCUUGCCCCAAUUUUGCAAGGAGGUAUUGAAGCUUGGAAGUGUUUGGGAAAGAUGUGAGUGGCUGGAUUAAAAACUAGUAUUGUGCUUACACAAAACAAUAUCUGCUGUACGCUUUCAGACAUCAGCGCGCCUAAUUUCGUGCACCACGCUAAGCCGGCCACUUUCAUCCAUUACAAGUGGAGGGGUCUCUCUAAUCAUUGCACUUCUGUCAAGGAGAUUAUUUGCGGCCAGUGCAGCAAACUAUUUUGUAUGAGUGGUCGUUGUUUGCUCAUUGUGCCAUUGAUCUUUGGGACCUUUGGUGGUCAGUUCUCUCCCUGAAGGACCUGAGUGAAGUUUAAACCUACCUUUACAAAAGCAGACUCUUAAUACUACUCUUAGUAGUCUUUAGUGAUAAGCAUCAUCUCAACUCGCAUACCUGGUAGCAGCUUCCAUUGGCCCAUCUGUGGCACUGCAAGUGAAGUGGUACGCAUCAUAGGCACGCAUUUUUUUCUUCUUUGCUUUGCUCAGGCUCAAGUGAAAGUGUAUUUCAGGUCGGUGCCCGAGCAAGAAGCACUUGUUCUGUGCUGUGCCAUUUCAAAUGCGCUCCUAUCAGUUUGCAUAUUUGGUGAGGUAUUGGUCAGCAAGGUCUCAGAAUUACUUCACGAAGCUUAAAUGCGUGCAGUUAUGCCGAGUCACAUAGUAGGGUGUUUUAGAUUUAGCAUCCUAUGCAAAAUGCAGUGGCCACUGGGUGGACAAAAUAACCCACAGUGGAUGCAAGCUAGGUCUGAGGCUCCACGGCGUGUUUGUGUUAUGCUUCCUAAUGUACUGUGUUGCUUCCAGUGUGUGAUGCAGUAUGCAAACACAGGCUUUGAAAACAGCAGUUUCAGUAGUGGACUGGGCAGGAUUUAUUGCACAGCCUGCUUUCCCUCCUUUUAUUUUUUACUGGGUCAUGUGGGGCACAUGAUGAGAAGGGAAUAUUUUCCAUGUGAAGAAAUGUUGAUAUAUCAUCAUGACAAUGAUAUUGUAUUGUUUUGCACAUACGAUUUGUAAGCAUAAGUACGCAGUGUUGCAUACAGAGUGCAAGAUGUGAUAAUAUUUCGCAAGCAAAACAAGAACCCCCUUGCUUCUGUUCUCAUGUUGUUCUGCACAGUUGGGGUGUGGUGGCACCCUUUAUUCAGUAGCUUUGGAUGUGCACACCAGUGCAGGGCAGGUCUCAGUAAUGUUUGUUUUUCCAACUUCUACACUUACCAAUGGGCUGAUCUAGGUCUCUAGGGAUCUAGUGAUCCCUAGUUCUUUACAAUAGAUAGAUUCUGCCUAGCAUUGAAGCUGCUAGUAUUUGCAGUGAUCAGCCAAAGAAAAAAAAACUCAGCGUCUAGAUUGUAGGCACCGUGCAUGCUUACAUAUCAUGAUUGACAGCCCUGUUAAUUAUUUGCAUCAAGAAACCAGUGGUAUGCCAUACUGGAUGUGCAAACAAACCACGGGCUUGGUUUGAAAUCUUCUGUCUGAAUGUACAGCAGGUUGUUCGAUAUUGGGGCAUGUUUCCUCGGAUGUCGUAAUGCUAAUUGAAUGGCAGUGAUAAAUAAAUCUAAUUGUGUCAUCCUUCAGAAUGCUGUUAGCCGCUCCAGGGCGUUGGAAUGGCUUUUGCUAAAAUUGGCUACUGUGCGGAUGGCCUCAUUCAAGUUGUUUGUUGGGCAUGUUCUGAAUGGUGCGUAAGAGUGCCAGCUACUGCACACAACUCUGGUGAAUAGUUGCCUCUUUUUGUGCCAGCAAUGUGUACAUUGAGACACACGUUGAAUGCAAUUUCAACAGCAUAAUUGGAUGCCAUUGAAACCGGAAUAAAUUGUAAGUAUUUCUAGUGAUUGCAGACUAAAAGAACAGCAUUUGCAGGCACCUUUGUCCACAACAUGGCACCACUGCACUGUUGAUGGGAGAUGAAUGUUUUGUCUGUCAUCUCAAGACCUUGCAGUAAACUGGAUCACGAAAGAUGCAGCAGUUCAUUUUGUUACAAUGUGACAAGGACGAGGAAAGGCACAAAAAUGACAGCGCCGACUAUCAGAGGAAAUUUUAAUUCAAGAAACGUGUUCCUAUAUGGAAGGCCAAACUUCUGUGCAUGGCAACACACACACUUGCAAAACUGAAAUAUGAAAAAGGUGAGCAAGUUUGCAAGCAUGUGUGGCAAUAUUACCAUGUGCAGAAGUUUUGCCUUCCUUAUAAGAACACGUUUCUUGAAUAAAAAUGUCAUCUGAUAGUCGGCGCUGUCAUUUCUGUGCCUUAGCUCGUCCUUGUCGCACAGUAACCAAAUGAACCAGCGCCAACUAGCCCAGUUCACUGUGCAGCAGUUUAGUCAAGAGGAGUUGUGUACGUAACUGGCAUUAUCAUUUAUGCAGCACUUGGCGCCUGCAAACUCUGUUUGCAAGCCUAUUUCACAGACAGGCUUUGAAGUUCGCAGGUUCGGUCUAAAAAUAUUUGGUGGUAGGCAGCUGUUUUCAUCCACGAUGCCCUUGUCGAAUAUUCCUUGGUUCAACCAAAGUUUUAGAGAUGUUGAAGACUGCCGUUCUACGUGUAAGAGAACUGUACGUAUGUUUUUUUGUCGCUCGGCUGGACCAAUGGUGGUUGCAGUCGGCAGUGUGUUUUUUCUAUGUGAUGAAAUUAUUUAUUGAUUGUUGUCUCGCUCCUUUCAGCAAAUCUUUUUUUUUUCUUGUCUGAGAUGGUGCAUGACGUUUAGGUGUACCUUACCGAUACGCAUAUAUAUUUUUGUUUCAGUUAUUUUCGAUGCUGUCUCAUCCUUCUACUUGUGUUUUCUUAAUGAGCCAUACAGCGCAGUACUGCGUAACAGGCUUGGUUUACUCUUAGAGCAUUGAAGAGGCCUGGAAAUAGACCUUUUUCAAGCACACGAGCGCCACCAACGGGCGCGCAAGCACUCAUGGGAAAUGUGUGUACGCCGCGACGAGCGCGCGGGCCUCGCGCUGUAGCUUUCCGCUUGCGCCGUGCCAGUACUUCUUAGACACAGUGAACUUGGCAAGGUGCAGCAUGUUACUGCGCAAUUCAAUCACGAACUUCAGUGUUUAGCUGCGACGGCCUCUCGACGAUUUCGGCCUCUCGACGUCCCACUGUUGGACCUGUUGAGCGGCUCAGAAGCGUCACCUUUUAUUUAUUGAUUUUUUUGGCGCCAGUGCGCCUUACGGCAUCAAUGAAACAAACAAACAAACAAACAAAAAAACAACUCGGUUGCCUAUGAAGUGCAGGAGCGGUCUAUGAUUCGCAGAUGCAUUUGGAAUCAACGUCCAUCAACACUGUCGACGAGUACAGUGUGAGGUUCUGAUAUUUAAAGAGUACACUAGAAAGUCGGCAUUUGGGGAAAUGAGAUAUAUUCACUGCGUCGCUCGCACCAUAUAUGUAACGAACGAUAAAUGCCUACUAACGUUUGUUGGUACUAUAACUUCAGAUUGGAAUAAUACUUAGAGGGAAAAAAGAAAGAAGCAGUAAAAUGAAGGAAAUGCACAAACCAGUGCUCAGACACAACUGAAAGUUUAUUGCACGCAUGAAAAAAAGCAUAUAUACAAAAAUGGGAGUGCGUCGCGCGUGUCAUAAAGGCACAAAAGGUCAAAUAACCAAGGCGCCUGCUUACAGUCAAUUAAUAAAGCUGAAUUCCUUGUCUUGUGACGACUGAGAAGGUUGACUGACACAAAGUGUGGCGUUAUUUGUGACAUGAUAUGCCUUCGAAAUUUCUCGCGUUGUCUGAUUAGAUUGAUGGUACAAAAGUACUGUGCUUUCGAAGAUGGGAUUACAUUUUCAUGACUGACAUAGCGAUGCCAGAUGAGACGGCUCCAUUCAAUGAAUUUCGAUUUAAUACAUCGACCAGUCUGGCCAAUGUACAUGUGGACACAAGAAAGAGAAAUUUGCGGUUAACUCCUACACAAUUUACAAAACAAUUGGCAUGCCUCUGACCGCAUUUUUCUUUGCUCACCGCAGACCCCUGCGACCUUAAUGCGACUAAGUUUACUUGUGGCGGCAAACACAACCUUCACCCCUACAUCGCUUCCCUACGUUCUUCAGAGCAUGCGACUUCUUAUACAUAUGUGGAAUAACUGCAAUAUUUCUAGUUUCUUCAUUAUUUACGAAUGGAGGACGUCCGUGUUAAUCUUUCUUUGCCAUGCAAACAGAUUUUCGCGGACCGAUACAACGAUACGCAGGAUAUCUAGCCUCUUUGCAGCUGGAAACUACUGCUCAUCUUAUGUGCGCAAGUUUUUUUUCCAAUGCCAUGCGUAAUCAUGACAUUACAAUUCCUCGUUUAACAAUAUUUGAAUGCGCUGACGCAAAAUUAAACCCCUAUUUCGCUGAACGCGGGAUAUAUACAGCCCGAAAACAUGCUCCGCAGUGAAACUUAAAAGCAUGUACAGUAAAACCUCGUUAAUUCCAAGUCACUGGGACUGUGAAAAACUUUCGAAUUAAGCGGGUUUUCGAAUUAACGAAACAUACAAAAAGCGGGAUGCAAGGAACGUUGAAUUACUGAAAGCAAUCAGAGGUGGUCGUUUGGCCUACUAGUUUGCGGCUCCAAGGGUUGUUUUCCAGCAAUACCUGGUCCCAUUUUUGCCGCGAACUCGGGAAAACGGCAGGCCUCGCUGCUAUCAGCGCAAAAAAAAAAAAAAAGAAAAGUCUCGUGGUCAGCUGAAAUGCGUGCCUGCGGAAAAGGCGUGCUUCACUGCAGCACAGUGGUGACACGUGGGCAGCACGUCACCUGCUCCUCGCAGCCUCAGCGCGUGAUGAUGCGACCAUUCGCCCAUUCUUUCAGGUAAAUAAAGAAUAUGAUAAUGGCCAGUGUGACGGAAUUCGCAAUGUGUUCUGGCUGGAAAACAUGAUCAUUGGAGUUUUUAUUGAGUUUUCAAAGUAGGCGUUACAGGCAAGAACUCCGCCGGCAGUGCAAGUGCGGAAAUUGCCGAAGCAACCGCCAAUCGAAGGUUCGCAUACAUCAUGAAUUCCGUCAGACCGUCCUUUAUUAUCUUUUCUUAUCCCAAAAAGAAUGGGUAAAUCAUGACGCGCUGACGUUGCGAGAAGCAUGGGACAUGCUGCCCGCAUGUCACCGCUGUGCUGCAGUGAAGCACGUCUUCUUUUCCGCAGGUGCACGUUUUUAGCUGACCACGAGACCAUGUUUUCUGUUUUUUUUUUGUUUGUUUGUUUUUUUGCGCUAGCUGCAGCGAGGCUGGGUUGCUUCAACUGUCACCCAUUAAUAUCGCUACACUGCACUGCCCUGUGGCUCCUAAGGGCCGUCGCUUCCGCGGAUUUGCGGCGAAAUCGGGAUUGGGAAUUGGCACAUGGUGCCCAAAGUUUUCGAAUUAACCGGGCUGGCGUUGACCGCAGCUUCAAAUUAUCCACUCAGAUUUACAUUGCGAAAUACGGGACCACAGAAACCCUUCGAAUUAUGCGGGAUUUCGAAAUAACCGAGUUCGAAUUAACGAGGUUUUACUGUAUCAAGAAACUGCAAAUUAUCAGAACAAGGCAUCUCGCAAGUGAAUUCUAGUCCCAUCCCUUUUUUCUUAGGCACGUUUAGAAUGCGCUCACUUCUUUGUACAGCGCAUGACUUGUCAAUUAAAAGCAAAUAAUCAGCUGUAUACCUGAACACUGUAACACCUCUCUACAGUUUGGUUAAACCUGAUCACGAGCUGCUAUUCCAUUAAAUGCCAUAGUGGCUUGUGAACAAGUAAUUAAAUAAAUACGAAUUCGGUGUUCCAGCUCACAUUGCUCACGAUAGCACGUUUUGACUGCAUGUAUCGGCACGUGAUAACACGCAUGUCGUUUAAAUGCUACAUCCGGUAUACAUCGGCUCGGUAAUACCUACACUGACUGCAUCAUUCCUUUCACAUUUCAUGCAUGGAGAUACAUGCAGGUGCGUUCAGACAUACGUAGUAUUAAGGAUUUAAUAAUAGUCAACCAGUGGCGACGCGUUUUUUUCGUUUGGUGCUCCCACGGCGCCGAGCAGCGAGCGACGGAACAGCCGGCGGGCUCGCCGUACACACUUUUCCCAUAGUGCUUCGCACGCCUGCGGGGGGUUCUGGGAUUGCUUGAAAAAGGUCUAUUGAUGACCUGCUGACUUUGCAUUGCCAAUGGCAUUAUAAUGGCACUGUUGUUAAUGCUUCACAAGCAGUCAAUUUCCAUUUGGCUCUCCUGUCGAAAGGUGCUGGACCUCUGGAGCCACUAGAGAAAAUGCAGAGACUUGUUGCAAGGUGUCCAUAGAUUCGGUGCAGUAAAGCUUCUGCAGCAUGUGUGUAGUAUUUCAUACCCUCGUGUCUGACUGUACUUGAGAGAGCACACCAUGCAGUACUUGCUGCAUUGUUUAUUGUGAACCUCGAGGCGCAGUGAGCUGAGCAGCACUAGGUGGUGUACAUUUUUCCUUUGGACAGUCUUAGCGCGUUCCCAGUUGUUUCCCGUGGCUAAAAAGCUGCACUCAUGUUUUUGGUGUUAUGAAUUUUCAUGUAGCACAUUGAUUGUCUCCCUUGCUGCUCAUUUUUAAACUGUAAAGCUUCUCUUUUGCUUCCUUUUGUUCUGUCCCUAUGUACUCUUAAGGGAUAUUGUUCCUUUCGUCCAAACCAAUAACUUGUGCAACUUGUUGCUGGAGUACCAUGUUUUCCUGCAGUUGCUUAGAUUACAACUCUUGGCUUUUUUUUUAUUAUUGCAAUAAUUUCUUGGCUUUUGUUUUUUCUGCAGUGCUGGUUGUCUUGAAGCUGACAGGAAUAGCUGAUUUUUUUAAUCAUUGUAACUGCAACACCUCAUUAUGAUCUAGGAUGAAAGAAAGAACUACAAACAAUAAAGAUGAGUAUUGA